CUUUUGCCAUUGGUCCAUGUUCUUAAUUCGGUGGAGCGGUGGCUUCAGUGGCAUUAGUCGUCGCUGCGGCCAAGCAUCAAGCACCGAGGGUUAGGAUUCAUGAGUGAGAAUCUUUAUAUAGUUGAGGUCUCCAACCUCUCGCCAAAUACUACAGAGAGAGAUCUUUACGAUUUCUUUUCUUUUUCUGGUGUUAUCGAGCACAUAGAGAUUAUCAGAUUAGGAGAUUAUGGUUCUACUGGGUAUGUAACAUUUAAAGAACCUCAUGCCUUGGAAACUGCAGUUUUGCUCAGUGGAGCCACCAUAAUAGAUCAACAAGUGUGCAUAUCUCGUUGGGGACACAACGAAGAAUCUUCAAGCUUUUGGGAACAACAUUCAUGGAGAUUGGAUGAUGAUGAUGAGACAAUGAGACAUGCGGAUCUCUUCACCACCACACCAAGAGAGGCCAUAAACAUAACACAAGAGGUGGUGAAGACGAUGUUAGCAAAGGGCUACAUCCUUGGCAAGGACGCGUUGCAGAAGGCGAAGGCCUUCGAUGAAUCCUAUCAGGUUUCUUCCCGCGCCGCAUCGAAGGCCGCCGACGUGAGCCAAAGGAUCGGUCUCACUGAUAAGAUAAAUGCGGGUUUGGAUGCCGUUCUUGCAGUCGACGAGAGAUAUCACGUAAGGGAGGCGACUAAAACCGUGGUUUCUGCAACUGGGAGGGCGGCGGCUGCCGUCGGGAGCUCUAUCAUUAACAGCAGCUACUUCUCCGCCGGAGCUCUUUGGGUGUCUGAUGCUCUCAGCAGAGCUGCGAAGGCGGCGGCGGAACUCAGCGAAAGGGGUGCUAGAAAUUGAAGCCUGGUACAAAUAUGGUUUGUUGAAUAUGUUUUUACUUGUAGAUAAUGUUUGAAAUGCUGCAGAGGCUUUUGUUAUGGAGUUGGAUUGAUGAAGUUGGUGUUUAUAGAAAUAAGCCCUAUUAAUGCCACGUUUUACCUUUUAUUUGCAAUUUCUGAACUUUGAA